CACCUGCUCGCGGUAUAGGGAGCCCAGGAGAGGCUCUUCCCGGCCCAUUCGCGCCGCGCAGGCGCAAGCCCACGCUGCGUCUAGACGCCGGACCCUGAGCGUCCCGUCUCCUAGUAACCAUCAGCGAGACCCCUACCCCACCACUUUCUGGCUCCAGCCGCGGCUGCCGCACCUGGAUGGAACGCGCAUGCGCGGUGCAGUCUCUCGCUGGCGGUCCCUCAGCUCUGGGACACCUGCAGCUUGAGGCAGUGGCUCUGUGUCACUUUUCCUAGGGAUCGGGCAUCGUUCUGGACUCACGUUCAGUGAAACGGUUACUCCCCAGAGUUGCUCUUCGGCGCGGCUCCUGCCACAGCCAGGAGGCUGUUCCUGAGGGAGCCUCCAGGUUGGGUCCUCCCACUGCAGCCUCCAGGGAACGAGCCCGCCGGUCCCGAUAACAUAGACAUUUGUUUUUGUUUUUGUUUUUCCACGGUCUCCAGUUUUUUUGAUGCGAUAUAAGUCUGUGCCUGUCAAAAAUAAGUUCAUGUUUGAGAAAACUAACAAUUCCUGUUUCUUGUAAUCAGAUUGAAGAAACUACUUAAAAAGGUGUCUUCAAACAACCUUGAUAUUUGUUCAACUGUCCCAAUGGGAUUUUCAUUUAGUAAAUCUGCUACGCAGGUAUCUGCCAUGGGAAUGGAUUCAAAAGUGGACAGUUACUUAAUGCAAGGGACUGAGAAAAGCAGGUUGAAACCAAUGACUCGGUUAUUUCAAAACACCAAGAAAAUAAGGUUAGAAGACACAAACCAAGAAAACUUUUCAAGAAUUGAAGGAAUUGGCCCAGGAUCUCUUUCAAAGAAAGCCUUGGGUUCAGUGGUAUAUGUUAAAGAAAGUGAUGGACUAGAAAUGACAGAUGUGGAAUGAAGUAUCAUACACAUAUUACCAAAACAAUCCAAAAACUGCCUUUGAUAAGUGGAGGUGUUGAAUGAGAAGUGAACCUUAUUGGGAAAAUCUAACAAAAUGAAGGAAGGUUGGUAUCUUAUAUUUUAUUAUUUAUGAGUCAUCUUAAACUAUAUUUUUUGAUGGUGCAAAAACUGUGCAAGGUCCUGGGUUCCACCCUCAGUAACUAAUAUACACACAUACACACACAUUUGAACUUGUUCCUGUACUGUAAUAUUUAAUAACUCUGUAAUACCCAACUGCAUAAUCUUCUCAAUAUUCAUAUUUUAAAAAGAGGAAAAGGCAUGAUUUCAGGGAAUAAAAAUAUUUUGUAACAGAAAAUGCUAAAUGUAUUUGUAGAUAUUAUAUAAAGCAAUUUGCAGUUGCUUUAAGGGAAAAAAAAUAGCCUUCCAAAAUUCAAGGCAGAUUUCUCUGGGAUUAUAUUCUAUCUUUGUUAAAAAAUAGAAUAUUUUAGUAACAGUAUUUGAAAUGCAAAACUUUUUGCUAUACUUUUUAUGAAUUUCUUUAACAAGUGGUGGUGGGAGGGGCAGAGUGUUCAAGCAAUUCCACACCAGUAUUUUAUGCUAUUUAUGCUGUACUAUUUUUGUAUGUUGCAUCUUCAAUUUGGGAUUUUUCCUUAGGAAACUUUGCCUUCCUAUAAUUUUGCAUUUCUGUUCUGUAAAAGAUUCCUGCAGAUAAACUCUACAAUCAACCAAUAAAUUACAUAGCUUCAGAAGCAUUUCACAUUUAAAAUUUUUCUUUUAAAACUUUCCCUCAUGUGGAAUUCAUUUCAAAGUUAGAAAAUAGUUCUUUCCAAAUAUCACAGCAUAUCUUGCAGAUGCUAACAAGUUAUAUUCCAAUAUUUUGUAUAAGAAAAACAACCUAGUGUUCAAAAUUUGUUUUACAUAUCAGUUAUUGAAAUACAUGGCAGUUUGAAACAGCAGUGUUGUUCCAAGUAAUGUUAGAUGAAAUUAAAACCAUUUUAUAUCCA